AAAUUUUAUAAGGUUCAAGAGAUCUCAAGGGAUAAUUUGAGCUACUCUGUUUUAUGCGCUGCAUAACUUUGUGAUCUCUAUUCUUUGAUUACAGUCACUUCAUUUGCUGGAAUUGGAGUUCUGGUCGUUAUAAUCUGCUACUACUGUGAAAAGCUCUCAUCUAAGAAAAUUAUUUAUUUUUGGAAGAAGGAAACUUUAACCUGUCAGAGUGUAGAGGCCUUUCUAAGGAAAAAUGAACCACUAGCAAUUAGAAGAUACAGUUAUUCAGAUAUAAAGAAAAUGACUAGCUUCUUUAAGGAUAAAUUAGGACAAGGGGGCUAUGGUGGUGUAUACAAGGGAAAGUUACAAGAUGGUUGUUUUGUGGCUGUGAAGGUUUUGAAAGAAUCAAAGGGCAAUGGAGAGGAAUUCCUUAACGAGGUUGCAAGCAUUAGUAGGACCUCCCAUGUUAACAUUGUCACUCUUAUGGGUUUUUGCUUUGAAGAAUCUAAUAAAAGAGCUCUCAUUUAUGAGUUUAUGCCAAAUGGAUCUCUUGAAAAAUUCAUAUAUAAAGAAAAUCCCUCAAAUGCUGACCGUCAAUUGGGGUGGGAAACAUUAUACAAGAUUGCAAUUGGCAUUGCUCGAGGAUUAGAGUACUUACAUAGAGGUUGCAACACACGAAUCUUGCAUUUUGACAUAAAGCCUCACAACAUUCUUUUGGAUGAAAACUUUUGUCCAAAGAUUUCUGAUUUUGGCCUUGCAAAAAUAUGCCCUAGAGAAGAGAGUGUCAUAUCAAUGUUGGGAGCAAGGGGAACUACAGGAUAUAUAGCUCCAGAAGUAUUUUGUAGAAAUAUUGGUAGGGUCUCUCAUAAGUCAGACGUCUACAGUUAUGGAAUGAUGGUUUUAGAAAUGGUUGGGGGACGAAAGAAUAUUGAUGUUAGUGUUGAUCAUGUCAGUGAAAUAUAUUUUCCACACUGGAUUUACAAGCGCAUUGAACUUGAUGAAGAACUAGGACUGCAAGGCCUCAUUAGCAAAGAGGAUGAAGAAAUUGCAAAGAAGAUGAUAAUAGUAAGUUUGUGGUGUAUACAGACUGAUCCCUCAAGCCGACCAUCAAUCAGUAAAGUGGUGGAUAUGUUGGAAGGAAGCCUUGACUCCUUGCAAAUUUCUCCCAAGCCUUUCUUGUCUUCCCCACCAAGAACAACGGUAGAUUCUUCUACUACAACAAUGUCAUUAUGAAAUGCAUCUCUGUUCUGUAUUUCUUUUAAUUUGUUGUAGAUGGUAAUGAACAUCUUUGUGAACUAUGUUGAUAUUGGACUUGUAGAUGAAUAUC